AUGGACUUCGACUACAACAAGCAAGUCAAAAGCCCAUCAGUAGCCCAAAUGAUUAACGCGUUUGUGAUUACGCUCGAAAGACAUGAGAUCUAUGCCAGGCAAAUUGAAAUCUGGUUAGAUCUCAAAUCAAGGAUAAACAACAAGACUACACAGAUCACAAAGCAGGACAAGAAGACCAUUAGAAAGCUCCCUAGGAGGAUUCACCCAGUCGACUAUUACAAUGGGUUCUGCACACAGAUGGUAGCAGAAUAG